AUGUCGAGUAUCCUGGGUUCAGUUAACUCCUUCACUGAGGCUAUCGAUCGUCAUUUCGAGUCUGUGGGCCGUUCAUUGAAAGAUGCAUUUCGAGACACCCCUUGGCUUCCAGACUCGAUUAAGCCGAAGCCACCUCCUGUCCCGCACAGAGUACCAGUUAUAGCUAUCCCGCUUGGUUACUUCGAAGCUACUCGAAUCUGGGUUUCCGAACAUCGAGCGUGGACAGCAGCGGUGGUUGCAUUCCUUGGUACGGGAGCCUUCAUUGUAUGGCGGCGGAAGAGAAAUGAUAGAGUCAAGAGACGGGCAGGCCGCGCUAAGAAUGGAUCCAGGACCGAGGUCGUGAUCCUCGCUGGAUCCCCGCAUUCGCCUCUUACUCGUUCGCUGUCUUUAGAUCUCGAAAGGCGAGGCUUCAUUGUUUACAUCCCAGUCAGCACUUUAUCCGAGGAACAAAUAGUCCAGUCCGAGUCAAGAGCUGACAUUCGGCCACUUAACAUGGAUAUUACAUCUCCCUCCUCUACAGAAGAAACCGUCCAGAAAUUCACCACACACAUAAAUACUCCUCAGCAACCCCUCUCCAACGCUCCACCUCACGACCUGCACCUGACUUCCCUCGUAUUAUUCCCGGCCGUUACCCUUCCUGUCAGCCCUGUUACUUCCCUUUCCCCACCCGACUGGUCUGAUAUCCUGAACACCAAUCUCGUGGCACCGUUCACGACUCUCCACGCCUUCCUACCCCUCCUUGUCUCCCAAAAAUCCUCCCUCCUGUUCCUCAACCCUUCGAUCGUACCCUCGCUCACUCCGCCUUCCCACGCCGCCGAGAGUAUCAUAGGGGGUGCCUUGAACCAGUACAUCUCCACACUACGCCGAGAGGUGCAGGUCCAAGGCGUCAACGUCGUACAUUUCCGGCUUGGUCACUUCGAUUAUGGUCCUAGUCUCUCAGACAAUCAGCAGCUGGUGCCGAGCCAGUACUCGCCGAGAGCGGAAUUUGCGAGGCGGAGGCUCGAGCAAAAGGGACUCGAGAAGCCGGCGAAGGGCCAAUCCUUGCGCGAGUUGCACAACGGAGUUUUUGAUGCUAUGGUGAGAGGCAAGGGAAGAAAUGGGACGAUCUUUGUGGGACGAGGUGCCAGGAGUUAUGAACUUGUGGGGAGAUGGGUUCCGGAUGGGAUUGUGGGCUGGAUGAUGGGGGCUGCUAAGACAAAUAUUGUUGAAACGGCGGAGAAAGAGGGUUCUGUAGAAGGUAGCACUGAGUGGGAGAAGGUGGAUGACGGUGAUGACAGGUAA